AUGGCUCGGAUUUUUUGUUUUCUCCUGUUUGUGUGGCUGGUGUCUGCUGACCAGGAAGAAGGUGGCAAGUGUGAGAGGAUCAAGCUACCACUAUGCCAGGAUUUGGGAUACAAUUGGACUGCGAUGCCGAACUUAAUGGGACAUAAAGAUCAAAAGGAAGCUGAAGAAGCGAUGGUUUCGUUUGCGGGUAUCCUGUCAAGCGGUUGUUCGCAACACGCUCGCUUCCUGCUCUGCUCUGCCUUCGCGCCUCUGUGCUCGGAGGAAGUGUCAGGAUCAGUGAGCGCCUGCAGAGCGCUCUGUGAGAGCGUCGUCGACGAUUGCAAGGAACAAUUGAAGGUGAUGCUCCCCACCGUCAUGCUUGACUGCUCAGCGUUUCCUCUACGAGCAGAUCGAAGACUGUGCAUGAGACCACCGAAUGCCAGCGAAUUGGAGCCCGAACCUCCACCACCAGCCCGCUGGCCGUUCCAUGACCAUGACAUAAGUGAGCAUGGCUGUCCUCCUGCGCAUACAAGAGCGCCAACAGGAGAAUGCUGGCCGGCGUGUGGUCAACACGCCAGGUAUAGCCAAAAUGAUAAGAGGAAGGCAGAGAUCUGGAUGAACACACUAGCAUGGUUCUCCUUACUAUCUACAUCAUUCGCUUUGCUGACGUUCUGCGCGGAACCUUCAAGAUAUAGAUACCCGGAGCGGCCCGUGGUGUGGAUGGCAGCGUGCCAUGCAAUAGUAGCGCUGGCACAUGUGACGAGAGGUUGGCUGGGAUCCAAAAUGGUGUCCUGUGCCGGUAGUACGUUAGCUGUGGACGGCCUAGCAUCGCCGACCUGCGUAGCAUUUUUUUCACUAACUUAUUACUUCACACUGGCAGCUGAUGCGUGGUUUGCAAAUGCCUGCGUCGCAUGGUAUCUUACCGCCGCUAGUGAAUGGUCAACGGAAGCACUAGAACGUGCAGCGGCAUACCUUCAUGCUGUUUCCUGGGGCUGGGCAGGAGCCUGGACUGCCGCAGCUUUAGCAUUGCGAAGAGUAACGGCUGAUGAAUUGACUGGAACGUGCGGGAUUUCUGACGCGGCUGCGGCCGCGUUGGUUGGCGUGCCUCGAGGCGCUCUGCUCGUGACAUCAGUGGCUUUGGCAAUAGGCGCGUGCCCUGGCAUUAUGAGGGUGCGUCGAGCGUUGGAUUCCCGUGGAGCUAAACGAGUUGGCAGAUUGGCAGCACGCGCGGCUGCUGCUGGGCUCUUGUACUUUAUCCUAGCUGCUUUAGCUACAGGAGCGAAAGUAAUUGAAGCUCAAAUGAAAGAAAUCAAUUCAGAUCAGUCAAGUUUUAAAUUACUGUUAGCGUUAAACGCUGGGAAAGUAGAACAAGGUGUGGGCGCCAGUGGAGUGUCAGUGUGUUUGUGGUUAUCUUGUGGGAUCGCGGCUGGGGUGUGGGCAUGGUCAAGGAAAUCGGCAGCAGUGUGGCGCCGGGCGUUAUGUCCCCCACGAAAGGCUCCGUGUUGUGCCCCUCCGUUGCUGAGGUCCCCCCACCCGUACUACAAAAGACCGUUACACGUGUCACGCGUAUGA